GAGAGAGAGAGAAAUGUCAUGUCAGUCACUACGGCGGGAUUGUCACGUCCUUGAGGUAGAGUCUCAGGUCCAGGUCGCUGUGUUGCGCGCUCAGUGAUGUUAUGCGUGGCUGCGCGUGCCGAGCCGGUGCGGGGUAUUUGCGCGAGGAGCGGCUGCGCACUGCAGACUGGCCCGGUGCACGGCGAGCUCACCACCUCCAAAAGCCUGCCCUCUUCCUAAUGCGCUUCCCCUGCAGCGGCAUCUCCUCACCGAUUGUUUGAUCAGCAAUCACGAGCUCGGCAGACACACCAUGAUGAAGAAUCUGACCUUCUUUCCUUUACGUGUCUGAAACGUGAGUAAGUGAGGUGGGCCAUGCUCGGUCCAGUGCGAGGGGUGGUGGAGGAAUGGCUCUCAGAAUUCAAGACGUUACCUGAGGAUCUGAUCUCUGGCUAUACUUGCUGCCUGCGUCUGAAGAAAGGUCUGGUGCCUGCACUGUAUGCUGUCAUACAGGAGCAGCCUAGCAGCGAGCUUUUGGCUCCAGUGUGUCACCAGCUGUUUGAACUCUAUCGGAGCACAGAGGUGGGACUACGUCGUUUCACACUACAGUUCCUACCCGAGCUGAUCUGGGUGUACCUGCACCACACUGCCAGCAGGGAGCGUUACCGCAAUGGCUGUGUAGAAGCUCUAUUACUAGGAAUUUAUAACCUGGAAAUUGUGGACGGUAAGGGAAACAGCAAGCUUUUGUCCUUCACCAUACCCACUCUCUCCAAACCGUCCAUAUACCAUGAGCCCUCCAGUCUGGGUUCUAUGUUUCUGACGGAAGGAGCGCUUAACCAACAUGACCUGAUCAGAGUGGUAUACAGUGGUCUGCUGCCCCAAAGAGAAACGUUUACUUCUCAAAACAGGUUUGAGGUGCUGUCUUUCCUCAUGCUGUGCUACAACUCUGCUGUGGUCUACAUGCCGGCAUCUUCGCAUCAAUCGGUCUGCAGAAUGAGCUCACGGUUGUGUGUAUGUGGUUACCCGCGUCAGCAGCAGAAGUUGUGGAGAGAAUCGUGCAGCCGAGUGCGCCUGGAUCCCGAGUUCAUGGUGCAGAUGCUGACUUCAGUUUAUCAUGCCAUCUACAACGGCCAGUGGGAACUUGGAAGAGAAGCUUUGGAGGACAUCCUGUAUAGAGCAAAACUAGAACUAUACGCCAAGCCAUUACUAGUAGCGGAUGCAAUGAGAUGUUCGCUGCCACCACGACCACCAGAUGGCACGCGGAAUCUUCUGGAGGUCGAAGCUACGCCCACAAACAAGCGCGUCUCUCAGACAGCCAUCACUGCUGCAUCCAUCCGCAGACUCCGCUGGAAACGAGAGGGCUGUUUUGAUUUCUCAACCUCUGCUGAGUUCUUCUCGUCCAUUGCGCCAAGUCAGUUUUCUCCUUUGAAACAAACACCCAACCCGGUGCACCAUGGGUGGACAAGGAGCACCAUCCAUCGAACUGUGAGAGGGGAAGCUGAUGGCGGGAGCUGCGGUGAAGACUCCUUCGACCCAGACGAGGGAUUUUCCUCCGGCGCCUCGAGCAGCAGCCAGCCCAGCAGUAUGAAGAGGGGCCGGGUUCCAGGAGUGCGUCUGUCCCGGGACCCGGUGGUGUGGCAGCGAGAGAGUACGUCUGUAGAGACCAGAGCUGUUUCGUGCAUGCGAAACCACCAACACCACCAGUCGCCUCCUCCGGCCAUCACGCUCCGCACUGCCGAGAGCAGCAGAAGCCCCAGCCCCAGCCCCAGCAUGGCUAGGAGGUUCUUAGACCCGCAUUACUUGCCCCCAUUCGCUGGUCCACCACCCCGAACUGCUAGCACAUCUUCUAGUAAAUCCCUGGACUGCGCCGGUUUCAAUGGCUCAUCCGGGCCGACAGAUAGCUUGUCGUUCGGAAGCCUGAGUGCAGAUAGGGGUCACUGUUUAUCAGCGAUCAGCCUGCAGGAAAUGCAACUAAGGCGGGCGUCGAGAAGCCAGGAUCUGCUUUCUCCUGAAAGUCCCUUUUCCUCUACAAGUCCUCUGUCUAAACAGUCUCGCUCAUCCAGUUUUAAUAUGCAGAUUAUAUCACAAGUGUAGACUCAUCUCUCAGCGUGUAUGUAUGUAUGUAUGUUUACGUGUGUGUGUGUGUCGUGCAUGUGUAUGAGCAUGUCUUGUAUACGUUAAAUGGUUGUAGCAUAUGUGCAAAUAAGAGAGAAAGUGUGUGUGUGUGUGUGUGUGUGUGCUUGUUUGUUUGUGCAUGUUUCUAAACAUUACAACAAUAAUUUCCAAUGACACCAUUAUGCACUGGCAGAAGAAAUAAGUAUUUUGCACCGUACUUCCCCUGGCGGACAUACAACCCAGAGGUGCCAUAACAUAUGUCCAGAGGAAAACCAAACUUCACAAAUCCUGCUGUUAUCUUUACAACAGUCUCAAAAACCUGACAAUCAUAUGAAUGAAACAGUGAGUGGCCUGACAAUGCAUGAUCCAAAGAAUCAAAUGUGUGAGACUCCGGGAAGGUAUCAAAGAAGCUGCUUACCAUUGUCGUCGCCGUAAAUGGUACAGACUCGAGUCUGCUUGUGUUCUCUGUGCUACUGAUCCAUCCAGUGCAAACAAACUGUUCAGAGCCUCAAAUAAUCCAUGAGCAAGCUGCAUCGUGUGAGAAACGAUAUACAUAGAUUAUAUUCUUCAAAAGCAAGUUUAUAUCUCUAAAACGUGUACAUUUAUGUAAAUCUAUAUUGUAAGAUAGGAAGAGUUAUAUGAUGUGACGAUAUCUAUAUAUUGCUUGUACAGAGUUGAAGAUUUCUCUGUUCG